AACAACUAACAAGGAUGAAGCUAAGCGAAUACUAAAAAGGCAGAGGAAAGAAAUAAGGAUAGAUGGAAGACAGGAGAUGCAGGCAGGGAUCGCGACCAAUACGAAGAAUAUCGCGAAUCUGAUGGCGGAGGUCCCCGCUCAAGGGGCGGGCAUGACAAGGAUCGAAACCAUGAUGGAGACGGUGUUGGCCAAGCUAGACGCAUGGAUUCCGCAGCGGGAGGGUAAAGGGCCGAUGGGCUCUGGUAGCGACGAGGAGAGCUCGGAGGAGAAGGAGGGAGAGAAGAGUACGACUGGGAUGAAGAUUGGCGAAAGGAGCACGACCGGGCCAAAGACCGGCGAGAAGGGCGUGUCCAAGCCAAAGUUUGGCGACGACAGCAGCACUCGGAACCGCGACUCGAACGUGCAGGGGAGCUUCGGCUAACCGGCCGGUGACGGGAGUGGCCGCAGCAGUGGCACGGGAGGUUUUCUGGCCAAGCUCGCGAGACUCGAGUUCCCGAAGUUUGCGGGGGAUGAUCUUGGAUCGUGGUUUCCGCGAGUUGAGCAGUUUUUCGAGUACCAGGAGGUUCCGGAGGAUCAGAAGGUGCCACUAGCUACCUUUCAUCUGGAAGGGGGGGCCAAUCAGUGUGGCAAUGGUUAAAAUGAACCUAUAAAGAUACC